CAUUGUUUUGGUAUAAAACUGCGAUGCAGAUUAUUAUUUUACCACAUUUUCCUCUUUGGUGUGAGUGUCCGAACGAUUUCCUGAUUCUUGUAUUAAAAAUGAAGUUUCUGGUGAUUUUAACAGCUGUAGUGGCAUCUGUCUCUGCUCAAACAGGUUACAGACCUCAAAUACCUGAAUAUGCGCCGAUCCCAUAUUCCUUCAAUUAUCUGUCUGAAGCAGAUGAAGGUAGCAGCAGUCACCAAGAAAGUGGAGACGGUUCAGGAAAUGUCCAGGGAUCCUACACAGUAAUCCACGGAGACGGCUUGAGGAGGGUCGUCGAAUAUACCGCUGGACCUGACGGUUUUAAGGCCAUUGUUCGAACCAACGAGCCAGGCACCGAUAACAGUAGUCCUGCCGACGUCAUCUUCGAAUCCACUGCUCCUGAAGCAAAAGGGCCCAUCAUCACUUACAGCAAUAAUGUUGCUCCUGCAGUAAGAAGUGGAGGCCAAAGACAGAAUGUAAGAUACGUACUUGUGCCAAGUACUGAUCCUAGGGCAUCACGACAAUAUUAGAUUCUAUCAAGUUUAUCUUAGGACCAUGGGAAGUACAAAACAUUGAAAGCUGGUUUUGGUAUACAGGCUACUACUUUUUGUAUUAAAUUUUGUAAAAAAAAAAAUGAUGACUAUUUUAGAAUAAAUUUUAUUUCUUGCAUGCAAAUUUAUUGUUAAUCUCCAAAUCAAUGUUUCAGUAAAUGUGUAAGUCGGAAUUAAUUUCAAGUGAUAUAUUGUGUUUCAUAAAGUUUGGCUUUAUAUCCAUUGAAAUUUUCAAAUGUUCAUGGGAAUAAAUGUACUUUAGGUGCA